AUGUUUUCAAAUAAAAACACAGAUAAUGUGGAAAAUGAUAAUAAUAAUGCUUUGGGUUCAGUAAUUGCUCGUAUAAAUUCACAAAAUAUAAUUACAAAAAAUAAAGCACCAGUAAUAAGUGAAGAUUUUGAAACUCAAGAUUUUGAUUAUCCAAGUUUUGAUGAUGAAACACCAAAUUAUGAUAGACCGCAACCAACAAUGGUUGAAAAUUUUACAUUAUUACCAGGAGAGUUUGUAUUAAUGAUUACAAAAAAUGUGGUAAAUUUAUCACUAACGACAACUACUCAUAGAAUUGGUACAUUAUAUCAAACAAAUUACCAAAUGUUUUUCAUUGACGACUCUACAAGACAACUAGUUUCAACAAUAGCAAAUGGACAAUUAUUACAAAUUAAAAAAUUAAAAGGCCAUGUUACUGUAAAAUAUCACGAUAAUACUACCCCAAACAACAACAACAACAACAACAAUAAUAAUAAUAAUAAUAAUAAUAAUACCAAUAAUAAUAAUAAUAAUAAUAUUAAUAAAAGUAAUAAUUCAUCGACAGACCAAUUAAAUUCAUUUUCACUUGAAAAACAGCCUUCACAAAAUGAAAAUUUAAAUAAUAAUAAUAAUAAUAAUAAUAACAAUAAUAAUGGUAAUAAUAAUAUUAAUAAUAAUAAUUUAAUGAAUAGUUUGACACAACCAUCAACAUCAAGUAGAUCAAGAUUAUUAAAAUCAAAUUCAACACCAAUAAAUUUAAAUGAAUCAUCAACAUCGACAAAUUCACCAACUUUAUCAUCAACGACAACAACAACAACAACAACUUCUUCAACUAAUGGUAAUUGUAGUACAAAUACAUGGUAUUCUAAUGGUGUAUCAGAGAAAGCAUUAAUUUUAGAGAUUAGAUGUAAAGAUUUUAUGAUAACAAGAUAUUGUUUACCAUUUAAUGAAAAAGGUAAUGAAGCAUUUGAAUUAAUGAAUAAAUUAAUUUGUAAUAAUUAUCAAGAUAGUAAUCAAUUGUUUUCAAUGAGUUAUUCACCAUUUAAAGGUGUUAUAUCACCAAUUGAUGGUUGGUUAUUUUAUGAUCCAAUUGAAGAAUAUACUCGUCAAGGAUUAAUUGGUAAUAGUAAUGGUAGUGAUGAAUGGAGGCUAACUAAAAUGAAUAGUAAAUAUGAAUUAUGUUCAACUUAUCCUCAACAUUUUAUAAUACCAUUCUCAAUUUCAGAUUACCUUUUAAAUAAAUCAUCUUCACAUAGAAAUAAAAAUAGAUUCCCUGUUGUAACUUGGAGACAUAAACAAACCCAUGCAACUUUAUCACGUUCUUCUCAACAAACUGGUAAAUCACGUUGUGAAGAAGAUGAAUUAUUAAUUCAAGCAAUUAGAAAAUCAAAAACAAUUUUACCAAAUAAUAAUAAUCAACAACAACAACCACAACAACAACAACAAACUUUAUAUAUAAUUGAUAUUAAAUCAACUUCAUCAUCACCAACUUCAUCAUCUUCAUCACAUUGUGAAGAUAUUUCACAUUAUAGUCAAUGUCAAAUUGAAAGUGAAUGUUUAUCGAAUAUUCAUGAAUUACGUGAAUCACAAUUGAAAUUAUUUAAAGUGAUUAGAAAUUGGAAUGAAAAGAAAGGUUGGUCAGAAAUUCAAUCUACUGGUUGGUUAGAUCAAUUAAGUAAACUAUUAAUGGUUACAAAGAAAAUUCUAACUCAUUUACAUUUGGAAGGAUUUUCAUGCUUAAUUCAUUGUAUUGAUGGUUGGGAUAGAACUUGUCAAUUAUCAUCACUGGUUCAAUUAUGUGCUGAUCCAUAUUAUCGUACUAUUAAAGGUUUCAUUGUAUUGAUUUCAAAGGAAUGGUUAUCAUUUGGUCAUAAAUUUAUGACAAGAAAUGGUCAAUCAAUUUCUUCAACUUCAACAACAACAACAAAUUCAUCAUCAAAUGGCCAAUUAACAUCAUCAAGUUCAAAUACAUCUAUUUCGUCAAAUGCAACUACCACAACAACAACAACAACUUCAUCAAAACAAACUUCACCAGUAUUCCUUCAAUUUAUUGAUGUAGUUUGGCAAUUAACUAAACAAUUUCCAACUAGUUUUGAAUUUUCCGAUAGUUUCUUAUCAGUGAUUCUUCAUCAUUUAAAUUCGAAUCUUUUUGGUACUUUUUUAUAUGAUUCUGAAAAAGAAAGACAACAAAAUAAUUUACCAACUGAAACUCAAUCAUUAUGGACUUUAUUAUUAUCUGCUCAAAAGAAUUCAUCUUUAUUAAAUCCAUUAUUUAAUCAACAAUUAUCAAAUGAAACUUCUUCUACCACCAAUCUUACUGCCACUACUUCAAUACCUUUAACAAAUUCAACUACAUUAGAUCAACAAUUACAAUUUAAAAAUAAUAAUGAUGAUGGUGUAUUAUUUCCAAAUCCAAAGGGUGUUCAAUUAUGGUCUGAUUAUUUUUUGAAAUGGAGAAAUCCACCAAAAGCAAGUAGAAAAUCAAAUACUUUAAUAGCUCAUUCAUUAGGUGUAUCAUAUGUUAAUGGUGAUUUAAUUGCUUUUCAAAAGAAAAAAAGAUCAAGAAGAUCAAAAGAUGGUGCUAGUGGUAGUUCAAGUGGUAGUAGUGGUAGUAGUAGUAAACAUCAUCAUCAUCACCAUCAUCACCAUCACCAUCAUCAUCAUCGUAAAUCAACUGAUGAGAAGGAUUCAAAAGAAAAAUCUUCAAAAUCUUCAAGAUCAAGAACUUCCUCAUCUUCAAAAAGAAAAUCAUUAUCUACAUCUUCAAAUUCAAUUACUCAACCAGAUAUUAAAAUAAAUGAAACAAUAACAACAACAACAACUACACCUACAAAUACCACAACACUUACAAACACUUCAACUACACCUAGAAAUACCACAACACUUACAAAUGCCUCUACUACACCUACAACAACAACAACAACAACAACUACUACCACACCAACAAAAGAUGAAACUAUAAAUGAAUCAGUUCAAGUUAAUAAUGAUAAAUUGAAAUCUCCAAGUGGUGAUGAUAUUAAACAAGAACAAGAUGAAAUGAAUCAAUUUACAUCACAACAUCCAAAUAAUCAAAUGGAAUCAAGUUCAGAAAUUAACCAACAAAAUGAACAAAGUCAAUUAGAACAACAACAAGAACAACAGCAACAACAAGAACAACAGCUACAACAUGAACAACAACAAAUCGAACAACAACAACUACAAAAACAACAACAACAACAAGAACAACAAGAACAACAAGAACUAGAACAACAAGAACAACCAAAUGAAACUAUAACUUAUAGUAUGGAAUCAGAUUCUCAAUCUUCAAUUUCUCAAAAUCAAAACCAAUUACAACAACAACAACAACAACAAACAUUACUUGACCCAAUCGAUGAAUCAUCUUUAUUGGCUACAACAACUACAACUACUUCAUCAACAGCAAUUACAUCAGCUAGUAAACUUGAAAAAGAAUUAAGAAAACAAGAAAAAGAAAAAAGAAAAUUAGAAAAAGAAAAGAAACAAAAAGAAAGAGCUGAAAGAAAAUUGGAGAAAGAAAAAAAGAGGGAUCAAAAAGAAAGAGAACAAAAAGAGAAAGAAUUAUUAGAACAACAAAAACCAAAAGCAGAUAUAACAGUAGUUUUACAAUCACCUUCAAAAAAAAAAGCAAUGUCAUUAACAAUGCCUGUACGUGGUACAAAAUCAAGAAUUUCAAUAUUUUCUUCACCUCUAGUUCCAACUUUACAUCCAAAUUUAAGUGAUCAAAAUAGUCAAACUAAUAGUAGUGGUGAUAAUAGUGGGAAUGUUAAUAAUAGUCCAAAUUUAACUUCAACUCCAAUUUCAAAUUUAUCAAAUAAUAAUAAUAAUAAUAAUAAUUCAAAUGAAAAUAGUAAUAAUAAUAAUAAUAAUAAUAAUAAUAAUAAUGAUAAUACAUCAUUUUCAAAAAGAAUAUUUAAAACUUUGAGAGGAACUAAAACUUUUAAUCGUGAACCUACACCAACCGUUGGUACAGCACUAAAUUAA